AUGAGAGAAGCUAGCACCACAUCUCUGACCCACCACCUGGCCAAAGCGCUCAUCCCUCAAAAGUGUCCCGUCCCAGCAUUUGAAUGUUACGACGGAUCUAGCGACCCUGCAGCUCAUCUUCGGUACUAUAAUCGCAUCUUAGCCCGAUGGGAGAAAAACGAUGCAGUCCUUUGCAGAUACUUUCCUUCAAGUCUAAAGGUAUCGACACUAUCUUGGUUUGGCAACUUACCGCCAAAUUCCAUCGAUUCUUACAUCCAGCUCACUGAGAGAUUCUUAAGAACGUACAUGUACAACAAGGCUGUCAACGCCGGGAUGGACAAGCUCUUUUCGCUGGCAAUAGCUUACAAGGAGGCGAUCAGGGAAUAUACCGACAAGUGUCACAAGAUUUGUCAAUCUAUAGGGAACGUAGAUCCAGUGGUUAGCAUCAAUUGUUACAAGUGGGGUUUGGAUAGAAUGAGCCCUCUAUUCGUUGAGAUCCAUGGAAGUGUGCCAAACACCGAAGGAGAUCUUCGAAUCAUCAUCGAGAAGCAUGCCCGUUUGGAAAAAAAUCAGCGAGAAAAUCCAAGGGCUCAAACGCAGAUAUCACAUCGGACCAACUCAGAACAAGUCAGCAGAUCCAAAAGGGGUAACUCGGCAGAACUUCCACGCGGAGAUAGCAUAGGACAAAUAGAUGAUCUUCGGCGUGACGAUCGGAAAUUUGAAGACCAAGUCUUCACAAAAUUGAAUACCAACCACACUCGCGUCCUACGAGAAAUCAAGGAUCGAGAAGGUCUGGAAUGGCCUUGGUCCAAAGGGAAGCAGCCCCCUAGAACCGAGAAAUCAAGAGAUUACUGCGACCUCAAGCAGUACAUACAGAAGGCAGAUAACGAAGAUAGGAACAAACGAAGCAAGCAAGUUCAACUGCCAGAGGGAAACCAAACAGUCAACACCAUCUCAUGUUCCGAAGCUACAGGACCCUCGCUAACAGCACAGAUAGGGAAAAGGUUAAGUAAAUAA